AGCAACCGAUCCAUCAAAUAGCAAGUCGAUGUUUUUCUGUGAUUUUUGUGCGUGAAAUCCUGUAAAAACGUGCCGGACUCGCUUUCAUCAUGAACACCAGAUCCCAGACGAGAUUCCAGAAUCGAUCGUUGAUCGAAAAACUCCCAAUUGAGAUGUUGCUGGAAAUUUUUGAUUAUUUGGAUCCUUGGAGCAUUCGCAGAUGUUCCGAAUGCUGCACGACUUUCUUCCAUGUGACUCUCCGCCCGAAAUUCAAGCAUUGUUUCGAGCUGAACAUGACCGAGGUUUACUUGGCAUCGCAUUGCGGCAUCGGAAAAAUCUUUUCAGCUGGAUCGCGGACUAUCAGAAAAUUCGAAAAGUUGAACUUGAACGUCGUGAAUUUCAAAAGUCUGCCAUUUGCGAAGAAUUUUUUCAUGCGACUCGGGCGAGAAAUCUUAGAGUUGCAAAUCUAUCCGAAUUUCAUGAAGCCCUUGUUGAUGGCGAAGGAAACAUCGAUCUCGGAGACGAAAAUUCGGCAAAAUAUCCUCAAAAAUUUUCCCAAUUUGCGAAAAUUAGUCGUUGGUAGCAGCAAAAUUCUCGCAGAUUUGCAAUAUUUUCCAAAGUCGUUGGAAGAAGUUGUCGUUUCAAACUUCAUUUUCAGCCAUGACAAUCUCCAAACUGAUUACGUUGACAUGGUAAAGAUCAAAAAGGGAGCAACUGGAUUAAAGAAAUUGAUUUUCUCGAGUAUUUCGUACGUUUGCUUCUUCUUGAAGGAAUUUUCCUACAAAAAUCAAAAGUUUUCCGACGAAAUGUUCAAAAUAAUUCACGAACUGGGAGGAAUUUAUACUCUUCAAUCGUAUGAAACCAAAUGCAACGUCCUUGAUCACGCGAUCGUCGAACCAAAAUGCAUCACUGGCUUGACUUUAAAUUACCUCACUCGCAUUCCAUUCGAUUCGUUAGCGAAAUUUCCCAAUUUAGAGUCAAUUGAUCUCAAAAUCUACCGAGAAAUAGCAACAGAUUGCAUCUUAGAUCACGAACAAGCGUUGCCAGACCUUUCGCGCGUCAAAAAAUUCAAAAUGAACGUGAAUCCUGGACUGAUUUGUGACACUUGCACAUCGAAAUUGUUCGGAUCGUUGCCGAAUUUGACUCAUUUUGAGUUCAAAGGAACGUUGUCGGAUGCACAAGCUCGUGUAAUUUUCGCAAAUAUGCCAAAGUUGGAGAUGCUUGAGCUAGAAGGUCCCAUUCCAGGAAACUUUUUUGAUUCUGCUGAGUAUGUUGAACAUUCGCUGGAACAUUUGAGGAAUUUACGGUGUUUGCAAAUUAAUGAAUCUAGAGAUGAUGUCGCUGUUGGACUCCACAACGAUGAUCUCAUGAGGUUUUCGAACUUACCAAACUUGGACACUCUUUGUUUACUUCAAAAUGGGAACUUCCAAAUGAAUGGAAUCAAAAAUCUAUUGCAAAAAUGUCCAAAUAUCUCGAAUUUCACAUCACAAGCUGCCACAAUAAGCCCAUCAAUGAUUCAAGAAAUGCUGCGAGGUUGGUCGCGUUUGAAGACACUCGGUUUGUCACUAUGUUUACCGCUGGAUGACGAAACUUUGAAAGUUACAAAGGACAAUGGUCGAUUUUUGAAAUAUUUUUGCGUUUCGCUGGAUCAACCAAAAUUGACGUUCUCGGAAGAAUGCUCACUUUUCGAAAGCAUUCCAUCGUUAAAUUUCAUCGUAUUAGGACAUUAUAUGGAAGAUGCAAGGUUUUUUACGCGUUCCGAGUAUUAUGAGAAGGAGUUGUAUUUGGAGAUGAAUAGCCAGGUUUACGAUGAAAAACAGUUAAAACGCAAAAUUCCAUCGUCAAACAAAACUUCAAAGAAAAGACGUUUAUCUUACAACAGCGCAUCCUUAUUCAAUACAAUUAUGAGACAAUCACACGAAAAUGAAUUUCAUCAUGAAGUAGAAGAUACUGAAAGUGAUGAUUCAGAUGACUCCGAUUUUCCUAACGAAUGUGCCAUAGCUUAAAAUUUAGACAGAUUUUUUUCAUAUCUAAUUUUUUUGUUAUUAAUAUUACAAAUUUUCUUGAUGUACUUACCAAGAAUUGUAAUUUUUGAUAUAUACAUUACAAAUCGUGAUGAAAAGAAGGGAAAUAACUCGUGAAAUAAUUAUUUUGUCGACAUUUCGAAAA